AUGCAGUGGCUUGUGACAGGUUGCAGCACAGGCUUGGGCCUCGACAUCGCACGGGCUGCUCUUGAAUCUGGGCAGAAAUGCAUCGCCACAUCGCGCAAUCCAUCCAGCACUCCUGAUGCGAUCCACGGGAUCGAGAACCUCGGCGGUGUUUGGGCGAAGUUGGACGUGUCCAGUCCCAGCCUUAAGAGCGACAUCGACGAGAUUGUCCAAAAACAUGGAGCCAUAGAUGUUGUGGUGAACAAUGCCGGGUACGCAGACGGUGGGCCUUUAGAGGUGAUGGACCUAGACAACGCCCGCCAGAUGUUUGAGACAAACCUCUGGGGGCCAAUGCGCAUCAUUCAAGCACUCGUGCCGUCCAUGAGAAGCCGAAAGUCUGGGAUCAUCGUCAACAUCUCCAGUGCGACCUAUUGGAGUCCCCCUCCUGGCGCCGGGAUGUAUGCCGCGUCCAAGUUUGCGCUCGAGGGCAUAUCGGAGGCAUUAGCGAUUGAGCUGUCGCCCUUCAAUAUCAGGGUGUUGAUUGCCGAGCCAGGCGCGAUGAAGACUGGCUUUUACGACCCGAGCAAGCUGAAGAUGCCGCCACUUGCGGAUGCUUAUAGGGGCACUGUCACAGAGUACGUGUUGCAAGCCGUUGCGGGCAUGCACGACGGAGCGCCGCAGGACCCAAAGAAGACCGCUGAGGCGAUUGUGAAGGAAGUGUUGGAGCCUUUAUCCGAUCCCAUGAUUUUGAGAUUGCCAUUGGGCAAAGAGUCUCUGGAGGGACUGAGGAAGAAAGCUGAGCAAUAUGUCAAGAUAGCAGACAGCACGGAGAAGGUGGCCCUUGCUUGUGAUUUCUGA